AUGAUAAAUGAACUUCGCCAACUCUUCUUUUAUUUGCGAUGCAUUGCGAGAAGUCGCUGGCCAGCCACUGUGAUUGAUAAUGCAGAGGCCUGUGCUGCAGUUGGCUUCCAAGACCGAAGUUUUUCAUUCACGUUCACGUUCUUGCACUGCAUUCAUUUUCCUCCCGAAUGUAACGUAGCGUUUUUGGAUGAUAAAGCGAGUCUGAAUAACGUGUCAACGUGUCAACACGUGGCAUAUCGCACCACCUUCGAGGUUGCUACCGACUUAGACCUGAAAACAUCGUCUGAUACGCGUCUAACACCAUUAUUGCUUAAACUGAUUGCAUUUUAUAGCCCCAGCUAUGGCCUUCCAGAUUUCUGGAACCAACGCUGUGAUGAGCAAAAUAGGCGAAAAACAAGGCCCAUAGCUCAGUGUAGCAAAGGUUACACUAAUCACCUUACGGUGAUUGGUACUUAA